AUGCGUUCUCUUCUUGUCAUCCUUUUGCUCUUCGCUCUUUUUGCUCAAGCCACCGAGGCUGCUGGAAUGAGAUUCGGAACGCGGCCGUUCCAGCCAAAGUACUUCCGUUAUCGUCGUUGGGAUCCGACUCACGAUUUCUACGAUGAUUAUGAGUUCACUCGCGAAGUCCGUCGUCCCUUCCAUCCGAUGGCCUACAGACAGCGUCUACAACGCUAA